AUGUCGCCACCGCCGUCCACCUUUUACGAGCAGCUGCCGCUGCCAACGCUCGACCGCCCCUUUGGCGUCCACCUGUGGCCCAUCUUCGACAAGGCCUGGACCGCCGUCGUCGGCUACCCGGUCGAUGACUUCAAGUUCGUCCCGUUUGAGACGCCCAUGUCCACCCUCAAGUCGACUUCUAUCUUCAUCGUCGUCUACUAUGCCAUCAUCUUUGGCGGCCGGGAGAUGAUGCGCAACCGCGAGCCCUUUCAGCUCAAGACGCUCUUCCUCAUCCACAACCUAUACCUCACCACCAUAAGUGCCAUCCUUCUCGCCCUCUUCAUCGAGCAGCUGUUGCCUACCGUCGUCCGCCACGGCGUCUUCCAUGCCAUCUGCAACUACGAGGGCGGCUGGACCCAGCCUUUGGUCGUCCUCUACUACCUCAACUAUCUCACCAAGUACCUCGAACUCCUCGACACCGUCUUCCUGUUCCUCAAGAAGAAGCCGCUGACCUUCCUGCACUGCUAUCACCACGGGGCUACUGCUCUUCUCUGCUAUACGCAGCUGAUUGGCUCUACCGCCGUCUCAUGGGUCCCCAUUACCCUCAACUUGACCGUACACGUCGUCAUGUACUGGUAUUACUUCCAAAGCGCUCGCGGAGUUCGCGUCUGGUGGAAGGAGUGGGUCACUCGCCUGCAAAUCAUCCAAUUUAUCAUUGAUCUCGGCUUCGUCUACUUUGCCUCGUACACGUACUUUACUUCAACUUACUUCACCUGGAUUCCCAACGCCGGCACCUGCGCCGGCGAGGAGUUUGCCGCCUUCUCCGGCAUCGCCAUUCUUAGCUCCUACCUGGUACUCUUCAUCUCAUUCUACCUGGCGACCUACAAGAAGCAUGGCAAGGAGACGACGAGCCGCAAGUCCCUGCGCCGCAUGAGCCAGGCUCCGCUCCCCGAUCCGCUGCACGUCCAAAAGGCCCUUGGCAACGGGACCAAUGGCGCCUCGACUACGGGGGUCAAGGCCAACGGCACGAUGACCCGCUCCCGCAAAGCCUAG